AUGGACAAAAAAGAAACACUCAAUCAGGCCACAAGUGAUCACGCUCCUAAUUAUCUGCAGCCAAAGAAACUGUUUAGAAGUAUGUGUGGGAUUCUCAAAGAGGAAGCAAUGUCAACCAAGAAUCGAGAAAAUCUCCCGAUUUCAGAUAUUAUUUGUGAUCCGACAACAGAACGCAGGAAUCAUGGGCUUAAACUUGUCGAGCUAUUCCAACCGGAACUUGAACUUAACGCAAGUCUCUUAAAUGAACCUCAUAAUCGAUUAUUGUUAGAUAGCCUAAAAGGAUUGUUUAAUAGCCUUCUGAAUAACAUGAGGACAGCAGAACCUUAUCAAACUUACUAA